UUCUUUACUUGGGGAGGAAAGGUAGUAUGUAACGGUAGGACAGAACUGAUAACCGACAAAGAGAGGUACAUUAGUGUUGCAUAAGCGCACACUCAGCUAUGGCUAUGAGUGUGAAUGCUAAAGUAGUUAUAGUAGGAUGUGGGAUUUCAGGUAUAGCAGCUGCACACAGACUCGUUGACGCUGGAUUUCACCAUGUGCAAAUAGUGGAAGCAACUGCCAGAAGCGGAGGAAGAAUUAAAACUGGCAAACUUGGUGAUAAUAUCAUUGAAAUAGGGGCAAACUGGAUCCAUGGACCGUCCGAAGAGAACCCGGUGUUUUGUCUUGCUCGUCAGUACGGGCUGCUGGACCCAGAGGCUCUUACACCAGAGAACCAGGAAAUGGACGUCGAGGGACAUCCCCCCUGGGUUCCCAACUUCUUCAGCAGUUCAGGUAGUAAGCUGAAUGCAGAGGAUAUUUAUCCUGCUCAGGAUAUGUUUCUUGAAUUGAUGAGUGAAAUUUCACAAUUCAAGAGUGAGGGAGAAGAACCCUGGGCCUGUGUUGGAGAUUUCAUACGUUCAGAGGCUGAACAACGAGCAGCAGAGAAAUGGAAAGAUAUCGAUGCAGCUACCAGAUGUCUGCGACUGUGUGUGAUCAGUAACAUGUUAAAGGUGGAGUGCUGUGUUAAUGGGGCUCAUAGCAUGGAUGAAGUGGGACUGGGGGCGUAUGGUCUAUACAAGACUCUACCUGGGAUGGACUGCACAUUCCCAGGUGGCUAUGAAGGUCUAGUCAAAAACUUGAUGUUGGAGCUCCCCAGUGGUUUAGUGACCUACAAUCGGCCUGUUCGCUGUGUCCACUGGAACAACACAGAGAAGAAAGAAAACUCGGUGAUGAUCGAGUGUGAUGAUGAGAUGAUCACUGCUGAUCAUGUCAUUGUCACAGUACCUCUAGGAUAUCUUAAGAAGCACCAUUCAACCCUGUUCAGUCCUCCUCUCCCUCUACACAAGCUGCACUCUGUUGAGAGGCUAGGUUUUGGAACUAACAAUAAAAUAUAUGUGGAGUUUGAUUCACCGUGGUGGGAUGCAGACUGUGAGGUCAUAUAUCUUUUGUGGGAAGAUGAGGAUGGCAUGCUAGACCAGGUGCCAGAUGUACAGAGAUCCUGGAUAAAGAAGCUGUUCGGCUUCACUGUGCUCAAACCCACUGAAAGGUAUGGCCAUAUUCUCUGUGGCUGGAUUGCUGGCCAUGAGUCAGAGUAUAUGGAGACCCUGUCUGAACAAGAGGUCACACACACUGUGACACAACUCAUCCGCAGAUUCACAGGAAACCCGACCAUUACCCCGAGGAAAGUCCUGCGCUCACAGUGGUUUCAUGACCCCUGGACAUGUGGAUCUUACAGUUACCCAGGAAUAGGUUGUUCAGCACAGGACCUGGAGAACAUGAUGGAGCCUCUGCCUACCAAGGGAUCACUUUUACAACCUUUGCAGGUGUUGUUUGCUGGAGAGGCUACUCAUCCCUGUUACUACUCCACCGUCCAUGGAGCUCUCCUCACUGGGUGGAGAGAAGCGGAUAGACUCAUCUCUCACUACUCUUCCAUCAGUGCCUCUGAACCACGCAAGGCAAAGCUUUAAAAGAACAAUGCUGCUUUUUUAUUUAAAUCAGUCACUUAAAGGCGCUUUCAGCAAUUCUAAUCCAAUACAUUUUGUCAAAUUCAGCGAAUAUUACCCAAUCGUCUGCUCUGAGUGUGCUGAAACAAAAUCUGGUGUUCGUACACACCACGGAUCUGUAAAUGGGGAAAAAAUCAAUAAGAUUAGAAAAAGUCACUCAAAUUUGUUCAGCAAUGGAGAGCAUUCGUAGACAUGUGCACAAUCAGGAAAAUUAAGAUUGAAGUUACACAGUAAUCUUGUUUACAUUUAAUCUCAAUAUCAUUGCAUUAGUUGUGAUUUUGUGUCUUUGUUUUUUUGUAUUUUAGGAAUGAUUGAGUUCCAAUGUAGCUGUUUUCAAAUGUCCACAUUGCUGAUCUCAUUAUAAAAUAUUCAUUACAUAAUAUGUAUUAUGUAUACAUUGAUUGUAAUUAUCUUUGGGAUUUUAUAAAUUGUAUAUUUUUCAAUAAACUGUUUUACCAGUUCUCUCUUAAGUCAAUUAGUUAAUCCCAAAUCUAUGAAGAGCUGGACACGGUUGAUGUUGAGACACACCAGAAUGAAAAUAAUGUUUCCCUUAGUCAAUUUUCCAUCUGUGUUUAUUGUUAAAAAGAUAAUUUUAGUACACCUAAAAUAUAUACAGGGACGGAUCCACUGGCGGGCAUUAAAAUACUAUUUAUAUUGUUUUAAACAGGCAUAACAGCACAUUACGUAAAAAGAAAACCUAGACAGAGAAAUAGAAAGGCUGACUAAGAACUAUUGCAGCCAUCCAUUUGUGUUAACAACAAUCGCACAACAAAUAAAGACCAUGAUUGUAUAAAGUACACUUUUACAAUUUUUAUUGGAAUUCUUGC